GAGAGGACGGACCACGUGAGCAGUGGUUCCUGUGAGGAGGUUCUGUGCUUGACUUUGUUUUUCCUCUCCAACAAUGUCUAAGGUGAAUCCUCUGAGAGAGUUUCUCUGUCAGAGACUAACAGCAGCUGCUGCAGAAAUAUUCUCAGUGUUUGAGAAAACCCUGUUGGAGUUUGAAGAAGAGCUGGACCGUAAGCGUAGACUGUUGGACCUCGUACUGAAACCUGAACUCAGACUCCACAGAGUCGAACUCCCACCAGAAAAUGUGUGUAAGGUGGAGGAGGACGGGGUUUUCAGUGACCAGCACCUGGAUAACCUGGAGAGGAGCUGCAGCCCGGACCAGGAGGAACCAGGGAAUCCACAGACUCCAGAACUGGAGGAAGACUCCGGCGGUCAGGAGAUGAAGCACGAGGACGUGGAGGUGGAUGUCUCAUUGGUCAAUCCCACUGAUGUGAAAGUUGAAAAUGGUGAACCAGGACCAAACUGUGGCCAGCUGCUGUUGCACACUUCUCCUGUAGCUCCAAACAAAGAUGAGGAAGGGACUGAAAGUUUACGCUCAGACUCCAGUAAAACUGCUGAUCCGGAGCCAAUGGGACGACACGGUGACCACGAGGACGCUGCUGUCCCGUCAGACAGCAACUGUGAAUCAAAGCUGACCAGGACCCGCACGGGGAAGAAGGGUUCUACUGAGGAAAUGCCUCCAGAAGAUUCUGGUGCUACACAGUCUUCUUCAUGCACGGUUGAAGAUUUCAAACAGGUUUCUACCGAGGAAAUGCCUCCAGAAGAUUCUGGUGCUACACAGUCUUCCUCCACAAUUGAAGAUUUGGAACAGAUGGACACGGAGAAUCAGUUCUGCAGUCCAACUGAAAUGGAUACAGUUGUCAACAGUGAGAGGGAGCAACAGUCAGAUCAGGGCAGCAUGUCAGAUGAUGAUCAGCACAUGUCUGUCGACGAAAACACACCGGACUCCGAUUCACAAGAUGAUGAGGAUUCAGAUGCAAGCAAACCAGCGAUACCUGAUGAUGGAACAUCUUAUGGGUCAGAUACAAGCAUCCGAGUUGUGUCCAGCACAUCAAAAGGUUGGCCACUUCUUGAAGAUGACAAGGCUCCCAAAACUGCUGCAAUGUCUGAUUCAGAAGCUUCUGUCAAAGGGUCGUCAAAGGAAGAGCCAGACGGAGUGGUUGACCUUCACAAACAACAAUCAUCACAUCUGACUAUGAGUAAUAAAAAUUACUGCUACAUUUGUGGUAAGCCACAAAGCAAAAUUGCUCGCCACUUGCAAACACACAAGACAGAUGCUGAAAUAGAACAUGCAUUUUCUUUCCCUGAGCACUCCAAAGAGCGCAAGAUGUUACUGGAAAAAAUCAGGAAUAAGGGAAAUUUUAGACACAACACUGCAGUUUUACAGAGUGGAAAAGGAUCACUUAAGGUAAAGAGAACACCAAAGACCAAAGAACUGGCAGGGAAGUUUAUUCACUGUAUGUACUGUCAAGGCAUGUACAUUCGUAAGGAGCUUUGGAGACAUGUCCGCAGAUGCUCCUGUAAGCCAGGAGAUGAAGAUGUGAAUAAAGAACCUGGGAGAACCAGAGUACUGGGUUUGGCUGGAGCUUCGGAGUCUACAUUCUCUCAGCAGAUUUCAAGUGGAGUGUGGAAGCUCCUAAGUGCGAGGAAACAGGAUGAGAUUGCGUCACUUGUGCGAAAUGAUCUUUCUAUUAUUCAGUUUGCCCAGUCACUCUACAACAGACAUGGACAAGAUCCUACAAAGUACGAAUACAUGCGACAGAAGCUCCGUGAAGUGGGACGUUUGUUGUUAUGUCUACAUACAGAUUACUCUGUACAAAACCUGGAGGAGGCUGUCAGACCCGCCAACUUCCACAGAGUUGUGCAAGCAGUGAAGAAAGUUGCCGGUUUUGAUGAAGACAAACACUCAUACCGAAGACCAAGUCUUGCUCUGAAACUGGGACGCGCUCUCCGGAAAAUCAGCGACAUCAUUCAUUGUAGGGCCCUCAUGGCUGAAGAUGGAGAGCUGACGAAGUCCACUGAACUAUUCAAGAAGUUGCUCUCAUCCAAGUGGUCUGCGUUGGUGUCUCGCAGUGCCCUGAAUACACUGAGUGACGCAAAGCACAACAAGCCAUCAACAUUACCCUUCACUGAAGAUGUUCAGAUACUUCACCAGUAUCUCCAGAAAUCUGCUGAAAGUGCCUUUUGCAGCCUGAAGAAGGAGGCCACCACUCAGAACUAUGGGCAACUUGCAAAAGUUACACUUGCACAAAUCAUUGUGUUCAAUCGCAGACGUGAUGGGGAGGUUUCAAAAAUGCGUCUAAAAGGUUUUCAUAAAAGAGACAACACAAAGCUCCAUGAAGAUGUUGCCAUGGGGUUAUCAAAGACUGAACAGAGGCUCUGCAACUAUUUCAGCCCAAUCGAAAUCAAGGGGGAAAAGGGCAGAAAGGUUGCAGUCUUGCUUACGCCAGGCAUGGUUGAUGCUCUGUCACUAUUGGUCAGUAAAAGAACAGAAUGUGAUGUUUGUGCCACAAAUGUUUUCCUGUUUGCAAGACCCAAAUCAAUGAGCCACUACAGAGGACAGGACUGUUUGCGUAUUCAUGCAAGCCAGUGUGGAGCAAAGCAGCCUGAGCACCUCAGAUCCACACAACUCAGGAAACAUGUCGCCACAUUCUCACAAGUCCUUCAUUUAAAAAACAAUGAACUUGAUCAAGUUGCCGAUUUCCUGGGUCAUGACAUCCGUGUCCACCGGGAUUUCUACCGAUUACCUGUUCCCACAACACAACUGGCCAAGAUUUCCAAGCUGCUGAUAUCAAUGGAGAAAGGACAUCUUUCCACCAUCCAGGGGAAAUCACUGGAUGAGAUUGAAAUUGAAGAGAAAAUUGCGUUGAGUGAAGAUGAGGCAGAGGACAGCGGGAGCCAAUCUGAUGAUGACGGCUCAGACACAGCAAGCACAAUGUCAGAGUGUGGAACUAGCGAGGCCGUGGAUGCUGCAUCAAACAGGACAAUCACAGAGCAGGUCAAUGACUUUGGAGAUUUUGAAGGAGCAGUGUCAUCCAAAGUAACUCAGAUUGCCCCUCCCUCUGAAGAAAAAGAUGCUGGUCAAGAACGUGGGUCCAGAAGACCAAAGAAAACGUGGUCCAAGGCUGAGGUUGCUGCUGUAAUGCGGCAUUUCAGAGAUCACAUAUGCAAAGCAAAACUGGCCACCACAAAGGAGUGCAAUCACUGCAAGCUGGUAGAAGGUCCAGUGUUAGCACAGAGAACAUGGCAAAAUAUUAGGGACUUUGUUAGAAACCGAGGAGUCUCUGCGAAGAGGCAGUCACACAAAUAAAAGUUUUAAGCCCACAGUUGUGUUUUUUUUAUUUGUAUUGUAGUUAUGUUAAUAAUAAUGGCUUGGUUAUAUAUAGCACCCUUCAAGGCACCCAGAGCGCUUUACAGAGACCAUUAUUAAUUCAUACACAUCCUCACUGGUGGUGGUAGCUACGUUUGUAGCCACAGCUGCUACGUUUGUAGCCACAGCUGCCCUGCAGACUGACGGAAGCGUGGCUGCCAUAUCGCGCCAAACAUUCAUACACAUUCAAACACAUUCACACGGGGCAAGGUGGGUAAGGUUUCUUGCCCAAGGACACUACGACACCAACUGGGACGGAGCGGGAUUCGAACCCGCCAACCUUCCGAUCAUUGGACGACCCGCUCUACCACCUGAGCUACUGCCGCCCCUCAGUCUUGAUGCUUUAAUAUUUUAUAAGCAACCAUGUUCCAAACAUGGGUCAUUCUAAGUGUUUUAAGACUGAUAAUUUAUUAGGAAAAGUUAAUGUGGUUUAUGAAAAAAGUUGUCUCCUGUUGUGUUGUGUGAUAGAGUCCUAUGUGGCUGUAUGUCAAUGUGACCGCCUACGAAAAUGGUGAUGUUUCUGCUUUAUACAAAUCCAGUUUGCGUCAUUCUGUUUGAUGAGACUGAUGCUGCGUUCUGAAUUGCAUACUUCUUACUUUUAGUACAUACUGCAGCUGCCCUUACAAAGGCAUGUACUGUUGCAUGCAGUAUGCAUACAAUUGGGACAUACUUCUACAUCUGUCAUUGUGGCUUUUCAAUGUGUUGUCAUUGGUCUGUGCUCUCUCGGCGGCUCAGUCAAUGUGCAGUAAUUGGGCGAUUGGGUCAGAAUAUCCAGAAAAGCAUGCUGGCUUGCAUACUUCAAAAUGUGAUCAGAUGUAGUAGGAUAUCCUGGUACUUUUGGCAUACUGCAUUUGACAUACUAUGUAUUGGGACAUACUAAAUCGGAAAUCACCCUGAGAAUUCUGCAAAGACAAUGUGGUCUUGGUAACUGUUUUGCUGGUCAAGUCAGUGCCAUUUUGUCAGUUGGAAUAAAUGGCACACGUUGGUGUAGCCAAAAGAGAAA